CAACGCCCCCUCCUCCGCGACCCGAACGGAAAUAGCGGGCUCCUGGGCCAAUCGCAGUGGCGUGCCUUUACCGUGAGGCCAAUGGAGUAGUGAAUAGGCGUGAGCUCGCGUUUGAGCGGCAGCAGCCGUUUCCAAUGGGCGGCUGAGAGCGAACCGGGGCGCAGAGCAGGGGCGGGCUCAGGGGCGGUGCCACGGCCUGCCAGCCCGCCCGCCCGUCCGCCCGUCCGCCCUCCUCCCCCUCGGCCGGCUCGGCGCUUCGGCUUUGCCCGUGGGGUCCUUUCUGCCUGGUCCCCGCCUGCCAGCGCCCGCUGUGCUGCGCCCUGUCCGGCGAGGUCUGGAGCCGACACCACCGCCAUCAUGCCGGCCGUGUCCAAGGGCGAUGGGAUGCGGGGGCUCGCCGUCUUCAUCUCCGACAUCCGGAACUGCAAGAGCAAGGAGGCGGAGAUUAAAAGGAUGAACAAGGAACUGGCUAACAUCCGCUCCAAGUUUAAAGGGGACAAGGCCCUGGACGGCUACAGCAAGAAGAAGUACGUGUGCAAGCUGCUGUUCAUCUUCCUGUUGGGCCACGACAUUGAUUUCGGCCACAUGGAGGCUGUGAACCUGCUCAGCUCCAAUAAGUACACAGAGAAGCAGAUAGGUUACCUGUUCAUCUCGGUGUUGGUCAACUCCAACUCCGAGCUGAUCCGACUCAUCAACAACGCCAUCAAGAACGACCUGGCCAGCCGCAACCCCACCUUCAUGUGCCUGGCCCUGCACUGCAUCGCCAACGUGGGCAGCCGCGAGAUGGGUGAGGCCUUCGCUGCCGACAUCCCCCGCAUCCUGGUGGCCGGGGACAGCAUGGACAGUGUGAAGCAGAGCGCGGCCCUGUGCCUGCUGCGGCUCUACAAGGCCUCGCCCGACCUGGUGCCCAUGGGCGAGUGGACAGCCCGCGUGGUGCACCUGCUCAAUGACCAGCACAUGGGUGUGGUCACCGCUGCGGUCAGCCUCAUCACCUGUCUGUGCAAGAAGAACCCUGAUGACUUCAAGACGUGCGUCUCACUUGCUGUGUCACGUCUGAGCCGGAUCGUGUCCUCGGCCUCCACUGACCUCCAGGACUACACCUACUACUUCGUGCCCGCGCCCUGGCUCUCCGUGAAGCUCCUGCGGCUGCUGCAGUGCUACCCUCCUCCAGAGGAUGCGGCCGUGAAGGGGCGGCUGGUGGAGUGUCUGGAGACAGUGCUCAACAAGGCGCAGGAGCCGCCCAAGUCCAAGAAGGUGCAGCACUCCAACGCCAAGAACGCCAUCCUCUUCGAGACCAUCAGCCUCAUCAUCCACUAUGACAGCGAGCCCAACCUCCUGGUCCGGGCCUGCAACCAGCUGGGCCAGUUCCUGCAGCACCGGGAGACGAACCUGCGCUACCUGGCACUGGAGAGCAUGUGCACGCUGGCCAGCUCCGAGUUCUCCCACGAGGCUGUCAAGACGCACAUCGAGACCGUCAUCAACGCCCUCAAGACGGAGCGGGACGUGAGUGUACGGCAACGGGCAGCCGAUCUCCUCUACGCCAUGUGCGACCGGAGCAAUGCCAAGCAAAUUGUGUCUGAGAUGCUGCGGUACCUUGAGACAGCUGACUAUGCCAUCCGCGAGGAAAUUGUGCUGAAGGUGGCCAUCCUAGCAGAGAAGUACGCAGUGGACUACAGCUGGUACGUGGACACCAUCCUCAAUCUCAUCCGCAUUGCGGGCGACUACGUGAGUGAAGAGGUGUGGUACCGUGUGCUGCAGAUUGUCACCAACCGCGACGACGUCCAGGGCUAUGCUGCCAAAACUGUCUUUGAGGCGCUCCAGGCCCCAGCCUGUCACGAGAACAUGGUGAAGGUCGGUGGCUACAUCCUUGGGGAGUUUGGGAACUUGAUUGCCGGAGACCCCCGCUCUAGCCCCCCUGUGCAGUUCUCCCUGCUGCACUCCAAGUUCCACCUGUGCAGCGUGGCCACGCGGGCCCUGCUGCUGUCCACCUACAUCAAGUUCAUCAACCUCUUCCCUGAGACCAAGGCCACCAUUCAGGGCGUGCUGCGGGCCGGCGCCCAGCUGCGCAAUGCCGACGUGGAGCUGCAACAGCGCGCCGUCGAGUACCUCACCCUCAGCUCUGUGGCCAGCACCGACGUCCUGGCCACGGUGCUGGAGGAGAUGCCGCCGUUUCCAGAGCGCGAAUCUUCCAUCCUGGCCAAGCUGAAGCGCAAGAAGGGUCCCGGAGCCGGCAGCGCCCUGGAUGAUGGCCGGAGGGACCCCAGCAGCAACGACAUCAACGGGGGCGUGGAGCCCACUCCCAGCACCGUGUCCACACCCUCGCCCUCUGCUGACCUCCUGGGGCUGCGGGCAGCCCCUCCCCCGGCGGCAGCCACAGCCCCUGCAGGGACAGGGAACCUCCUGGUGGAUGUGUUCUCCGAUGGCCCCGCCGCCCAGCCCAGCCUUGGGCCCACCCCCGAGGAGGCCUUCCUCAGCGAGCUGGAGCCGCCCGCCCCUGAGAGCCCCAUGGCUCUGCUGGCUGACCCAGCUCCAGUUGCUGACCCAGGCCCCGAGGACAUCGGGCCUCCUAUCCCAGAAGCCGAUGAGCUGCUGAACAAGUUCGUGUGCAAGAACAAUGGGGUCCUGUUUGAGAACCAGCUGCUGCAGAUCGGAGUCAAGUCUGAGUUCCGGCAGAACCUGGGCCGCAUGUACCUCUUCUACGGCAACAAGACCUCUGUGCAGUUCCAGAACUUCUCGCCCACCGUUGUCCACCCGGGAGACCUGCAGACUCAUAUCCUUUCGCUGGCCGUUCAGACCAAGCGUGUGGCAGCACAGGUGGACGGUGGGGCGCAGGUGCAGCAGGUGCUCAACAUUGAGUGUCUGCGGGACUUCCUGACGCCCCCAUUGUUAUCUGUGCGCUUUCGGUACGGGGGUGCCCCCCAGUCCCUCACCCUGAAACUGCCGGUGACCAUCAACAAGUUCUUCCAGCCCACAGAGAUGGCCGCCCAGGACUUCUUCCAGCGCUGGAAGCAGCUGAGCCAGCCUUUACAGGAGGCUCAGAAGAUUUUCAAAGCCAACCACCCCAUGGAUGCCGAGGUCACAAAGGCCAAGCUUCUUGGCUUCGGCUCUGCCCUCCUGGACAAUGUGGACCCCAACCCCGAGAACUUCGUGGGGGCUGGAAUCAUCCAGACUAAAGCCCUGCAGGUGGGCUGUCUGCUCAGGCUGGAGCCCAAUGCGCAAGCGCAGAUGUACCGCCUGACUCUGCGCACCAGCAAGGAGCCCGUGUCCCGUCACCUGUGCGAGCUGUUGGCGCAGCAGUUCUGAGCCCUGGACCCUGCCCCCUGGGGAUGUGGCUGGCACCUGGAAGCCCUGGGACUGAGGGGCUGUGGGGGUGGGGGCAGUGAGGGGACCUCCUCUGGUGACAGGGAAGACCCCAGGGAAGGGGGAUGCCCGGGACGGCCCUCCUCCGGCCUUUUGUACUUUUAUUUUUGUUCAUCUGCUGCUGUUUACAUUCUGGGGGGUCAGGGGGAGCCCCCUCUCUCCCUUUCCCCCCAAGCACAGAGGGGAGAGGGCCCAGGGAAGUGGGCGCCUCCUCCCCUCCCACCCCACCCUGUUGUGGCCCUUCCCUCCCCUCCCCAUCCAGGGGCCGUGUAUUAUUGUGAGCGAAUAAACCGAGAGAG